ACAAUGCAUGAAAACAUAUAAAAGUGAAUCCAAUAGAUGAAUAACUUUUCAUGUUUCAUAUUUUUAUAUAUGAUAUAUGGUGGCUUUCGUGUAUAUCAUGUGCUCUCAGUUUGCUCCCCAAGUAUCUUGAUGUGUACUUCACUAGAGGGGUUGCUUAUCUAUUCCAUAUCCAAAGAUCAUAGAAAAGAUAUACGUGCUCCUUCCAUUUUCUUUUUUUUUUGUAUGAGGGAGGGUGAUGGUAUUAGCAAAUAUAUAUUUUGUAGUCUUUUUUUGUAUGUUCUCGUGUGUUUUUUUUUUUUGUUUUUUUUUGUUUUUGCAUCAAUUGUAUUAAUCCUCCAGUUUCGUAAAACAUUUGUCUGUCUAUUAUUGCUUGCAAGCAAGUUAAGUUUCCCCGAAAUAUAACUAUGAGUUCUCAUAACGGAGUGGCGGUGUUUUGUACGAAACAUGAUCUUUUCGUCAGGUAUUCUGGAGGAAACGUGAAUACACUAUGUGGGAAUGUUUAUUCCUAUAGUCUUAGCCAAGUCAUGUUUUGUUAACCUUUAGUUUUAUGGGUUCAUUGAAGACCUGAUUGUUUCAGUUUUUCGAUUGAAAUUGUUCUUCUGUACAUUAUAUGAUGAUAGGUUUUGACCUCAUAUG